AUGGUGACGGCACCAGGACUGUCUUGUCUUGGCGGCCCGGCCAGUCGGGACCCGAGCCUGACGACAGCGAGGACUGUUGAGCCCAGCCGGCAACAGGCCCAGGCCGAGGCCGAGGCCGGGCGUGAUGAUGCGUCGCAGGGCUGGCCUCCCAACGCCUCGUCGCCCAUCACCUAUCUCUAUUUGACGUUCGACACCGCCCUGCCAGAGGUUGACAUGGCUCCCACGUGCGCCCGCCCCGGCUCAGCUGCUCCCGCCGCGCCGAACCUGCUCGACUAUACGGACCCGACCAAGUGGCCCGGCCAUCGCAAGGCUUACCACAUGGUGCUCUGCUGUGUUGCUACACUGCUCACGGCAUACUGCGCCGGCUCAUACUCGCCCCCGGCAGCUGUCAUGGAGGCCGAGUUCCACGCCUCCAGGACUGCUGUGAUGACCGGGAUAACGACCUUCUGUGUGGGCUUCGCCCUGGCGCCCAUGGUCCUUGCCCCGCUGAGCGAGAUCAACGGCCGAUACCCCGUCUUCUCCAUCUCAGGCGUGGUCUUCGUCGUGUUCCAGCUUGCGUGCGGGUUCGUCACCAACCUGGCCGGGAUGCUGGCCUGCCGCUUCCUGGUUGGAGUCGGUGGCAGUGUCUUUAGCACCAUGAUCGGCGGCAUAAUCGCUGACCUGUGGCACAAGGAAGGGAGGAACACGCCCAUGGCUGUGUUCAGCGGCUCGGUUCUUGUGGGUACGGGGCUCGGCCCUUUGGUCGCGUCAGUCAUGACCUCCCGGCUCGCAGAUGACGGAGACGCAUGGAGGUGGGUCUUCUGGCAUCAGGCCAUCGCCGGCGGCGUGCUGGUGGCCCUUAUUGUCAUGCUCUUCAAGGAGAGCAGGGGCAGCAUCGUCCUCAGCCGCAAGGCAAGGGCCCUGAACAACUGGUACGAGGCAAGAGAACAGGCUGGGUACUACGGCGUCUGGCUGCCGGAGCCCGGCCCGCCGUCGGGUGCCGAGGCCGAGGCGGAGGCGGAGGCGGAGGCGGUGGCGAGUGACAGCGACAACGUGGCUCAAGCGGCAGGGCUGGAAGACGAGGAGAAACGCGCGGCAGGGCCACCAGGCUCGACCACCGGCUCGGGCACAGACUCGCCCCCAACCACGCUGGGCAGCGUGCGUCUUCGCUGGCUCGUCAGGUCUGACAGUGACCGCGCCACCGUCGGCCGGAUGAUAAUGGUCUCUCUGUACCGGCCAUUCCAUCUGCUGUGGACCGAGCCCGUGGUCUUCUUCUUCUCGGCCUGGGUCUCGUUCGCGUGGGCUGUGCUCUACCUGACCUUCUCCUCGAUCCCCUUCGUCUUCAAAACCGUGUAUGGCUGGGAUCCCGAGAGCACGGGCUACGUCUUCACCGCCAUCAUGAUCGGUGGGGUGUUGGGAACAGUCAUUGGGGUUUUCCAGGACGAUCUGCUGAAACACCCACAGUGGAGGGCCGACAGCUGGGCCCAGGACUGUUCAUCAGGCCCGGCCCAAGGCGCAUCUCGGCGCACCGUGACGGCCAGGUUCUACGCUGUCCUGAGGCGCCAGUUCCCCGUCGAGGCGCCCGAGUCCCGACUCUACUUCACCUGUCUCACCGCCGGCCUCCUGCCACUGGGCCUGUUCCUCUUUGGCUUCACCUCCAGGGAGACGAUCCACUGGAUCUGCCCGGCCGUCGCCCUCUGCCUCGCAAGCAUGGGCAUUUACAGCGUCUAUCUUGCGACCUUCAAUUAUCUCGCCGACUUUUACCAAGCAUAUGCAUCAUCCGCCUUGGCUGCGCAGUCGUGUUGUCGAAACCUCCUGGGCGGUGUAUUUCCCUUGGUCACACUGCCGCUGUUCGAGAACCUAGGAAUUGCGAGGGCUGGCGCACUUCUCGGCGGGGUUGCACUUGGCCUGACCCUCGUGCCAUGGGUGCUUGUAUUCUUUGGUAGCAGGAUCAGGGCAAGGAGCUCAUUUGCAGUGGGCCUUGGAGAGGUACCUUGA